AUGACAACCAGCUGGAGCGGCGCGGUGAGUCGCCUGGCGCUGCGGACGCCAGCGUGCGCCGUCGACGCGGCCGCCAGCCUGGACGGCGCGACCCAUGUCCUGCCAGGCGCGCCUGCGUCCAGCAGCGACGACGACUGCUGGGACCAGGGCGGCGGCGCCUCCGCGGGCGCCGCCCCCUACCCUUCUGAGCUUCUGGUGGUUGCGAAGUCAAACGCCGGCGUCUACAUGGUUGACCGCUGCGCAGUGCGCUGCGCGUGCGCUGCGUGCGCGCCGCUGGGGCCGUCGCACCUGGUGUCGCCGACCGAGUUCGAGCGCCACUCUGGCAUCCCCGCCGCCAAAAAGUGGCGUUUCAGCAUCAAGGUGGCGCAUCCGGGGGAGCCCGACGUGCCGCUCGGCCGCUGGCUGGAGGUCAAGGGGCUCGAUCGCAGGCACCCCAAGCGCGCCCCCCGCGUCAGCCCACCGGGGCCCUCCCACGGCGCCGCCCCCGUCGCCGCCGCCGCGCGGGCGCCCGCCCCGCCGCGCGCGCCUGAGGGCGACGGCUCAGCCUCGGACGGCGGCGACGGCGGCGACGCUGACUGGAUGCGGUCGCCUCGCAAGCCGCGCGGCGGCGGAUGCGGGCCCACGGGGCGCAGCCCGCCGCCGGCGGCGGCGCCGCCGCCGCAGCCUGCCGGCGUGGCUCCCCCGGGGUCGCCUGGGGGCUCUGGCGACCACUCGUCAGACAAGGCAUCAGACAGCGACGACGGCAUAAGGAUCGGCCCCGGCGCCCAGGCGUCGAUCCCCGAGUGGCGCCCGCGCCCCUCGCUCUCCGGCGGCGCUGCGGGCGCAGCCGCCGCGGCCGCGGUCGCGGCUGACCUGGCGCGCGCCGGGCCGAGGGGGCCGUCCGAGGCGGCGGCGCUGCUUAUGGCUCUGCAGGGCGAGCAAUUCGUGCACGACCUGGGCGGCGGAGCGCCGCACGGUCACGCCGGCCGCGGCGGGCGCGGGGGCGGCGUGUGGGAGGACGGUUUUGAUGAGGACAAGUGCGACGGCGACGGCAGCGAUCAGGCGCCGGGCGCAGGCCGCACCCGCAAGCGCACCAGCAGCGCCAGCACCCACAGCGGCACCUCGGGCCUCGAGCACCAAACGGCGCGCGCCGCCGUCCCCGCGGCCGCGCCGGCGCCGCCGGCGCGGUGCGCGCCUGGAGGCGCCUCGGAGGCCGCGGCGCCCGCCGCGCGGCGGCUGAUCGAGUGGCGCGCGCAGGAGGGGCGCGGCGCGAUGGACGUCGCCGUCUUGCUGGGCGGCCAGGUGUUUGUCGGGCGCCUGUCCUCCAGGGGCCCGCUGCUCAACUGGCUGCCCCCCUCCGCCGCGCAGCAGCGGCCCGCCGCGGCUGCCGCCCCGCCGCAGCCGCCGCCGUUGGACGCGGCCGAGCAGGAGCGCCGCGCGGCGGCGGGCAGCGCGGAGCGACCCGAUGGCGCCGACCUGCAGCGGCGCUGCGCGCUCUGCCGCGGCGCGGCGGGCGCGGCGGGGCUGGGGCCAUUCAUGCCGGUCCAGAUUCAGAACGGGCAGCUGGAGUGGGUGCACCGGGAGUGCGCCCUCUGGUCGCCAGAGGUGGCGGUGGACGGCGCCGGCAGGCUGGUGGGCGGCGGGGUCAACCUCGCCGCCGCGGUCCGCCGCGGCCAGGACACGACCUGCACGCGCUGCGGCCACCGCGGCGCGACUCUGCGGUGCUGGCGCCGCGCCGGUUGCGGCCAGGAGCUGCACCUGCCCUGCGCCAGGGAGAUGGGAUGCGCCCUGCUGGACGCCGCGGACCCGCGGACUGGCGGCUGCGCAAUCGUCGCCUGCCCCAUGCACGACCCCUCCGGCGCCGGCUCCGACGCGGCGGCGCCCGGCGGCGCGCACAACCCCGCCGCGGCGGCCGCGCCCACGCUCGCGCCAGAGGAGAUCGCCGCCGCGGCAUUGCUGUCGGGCAUCCGCCGCGCGAGCGCCGCCGGCGACGCUGCUGGCGCCGCCGGGAAGCGGCGGCGGGGGUCGUCGGAGGACGGCUCGGCGGACGCCGCGGCCAGCGACCGCACGCACCACCAGCCGCUGCGCGGCGGCGACGAUUUUGAGGAGGGCGGCAGGGUCGGGUCUGGGGCGGCCUGGGAGCCGCGGCUGUCAGUGUCGUCGUCCUUUGGGGCCGCCCUCGCAAUCCGCCCGGUCGCCGUCGGCCCGACCACCGCCAAGCGGCGCGCCGCCGCCGUCCCGGCGACCAUCUCGCAGCCGGGGAGCGCCGCCGCCUCGCCGGCGCUGCGCGGCGCGGGCGGCGGCGGCGCGGCGCAGGCGCUGCCGCCCGUCGUACUGCCGCCGUCGGCCGCGUGCGCAGCCACGGCAGCAGGAAAAUCGCUCUCCGACGCCCCAGCCGCGGCCGGCCAGUGCCACGCCGCCGCCCCGCCGCGCGCCGGCCGCUGCGCCGUGUGCGUGGUGCAGCGCAAGGGCAAGUGCGGCACCGACUCGGCCCCGAAAAAGUGCAUGCGCCGCCAGCAGGCCGAGCUCGAUGCGGCGGCGCUGGAGCAGCGGCUCCGGCGCCAGGUGGCGGCGCAGCAAGAGCGGCUGAUCCUCGAGCAGCUGCAGUCCGCCGCGCGCCACGAGGAGGCGGCAGCGGCGGCGGCGGCGCAGCGGCAGCAGCAGCUGCUGCUGGCGGCCGCAGCGGCGGCGGAGCGUGAGCGCGCCUAG